UGGGAGUUUCUGGAUUCUUUGGUAUUUUAAGGGCCGCCGGAGGGCUGUCGCUUCUGCAGUGUGUAGGAGCGGCCGGGGCGGGACGGUCGGCGCUCCCGGGGCGCGGAGGUAAGUACCUGUAAAUGGGAUUGCUGGAUCAUGUGGCCAAGACUUACUUUCCUCAUCUAUGAUCUGUAGCCACCCUGGAAGAUGAAAGGGUUAAAGUAUGGAAAGCACCUAGCAAAAUGUCUGACACGUAGUAGACAAUAAGUAUUCACUUCCCUGCUCUUUGCUUCAAGGUUACACAGUACUUUGUGACAAAUGUGAAAAAACUAAGGAGAAUCAGAGUACGAAAGUUAGCCUGAGUUUUGUGAAAAAACAGACAAGAGAAUCUAAGAGGAAACUAGACAAGGUUUUUCCAGUUUGCAUAAUAUUUCCUUCAUGGAUACUUUUUCAUAGCAUUAUUAUGUGACGUGAGAAGUUUUUUUUUUAAUUUUUUUUUUUUGAAGUAACAUGGAUUCUAUACUACAGAAUCAAGAGAAUUGGCUUUAUAGGAAAAAUUGAUUUGUUAAAAGUGGUACAGGUUUUUGUAGAUAACCAUGACAACAUCCUAUAUGAAUGGGCAUGUUACAGAGGAAUCAGACAGCGAAGUAAAAAAUGUUGAUCUUGCAUCACCAGAGGAACAUCAGAAGCACCGAGAGAUGGCUGUUGACUGCCCUGGAGAUUUGGGCACCAGGAUGAUGCCAGUACGUCGAAGUGCACAGUUGGAGCGUAUUCGGCAACAACAAGAGGACAUGAGACGUAGGCGAGAAGAAGAAGGGAAAAAGCAAGAACUUGACCUUAAUUCUUCCAUGAGACUUAAGAAACUAGCCCAAAUUCCUCCAAAGACUGGAAUAGAUAACCCUAUAUUUGAUACAGAGGAAGGAAUCGUCUUAGAAAGUCCUCAUUAUGCUGUGAAAAUAUUAGAAGUGGAAGACUUGUUUUCUUCACUUAAACAUAUCCAACAUACUUUGGUAGAUUCUCAGAGCCAGGAGGAUAUUUCACUGCUUUUACAACUUGUACAAAAUAAAGAUUUCCAGAAUGCAUUUAAGAUACACAACGCUGUCACAGUACACAUGAACAAGGCCAGUCCUCCAUUUCCUCUUAUCUCCAAUGCACAAGAUCUUGCACAAGAGGUACAAACUGUUUUGAAGCCAAUCCAUCAGAAGGAAGGACAAGAAUUAACUGCUUUGUUGAAUGCUCCACAUAUUCAGGCACUUUUACUGGCACAUGAUAAGGUUGCUGAGCAGGAAAUGCAGCUAGAGCCCAUUACAGAUGAGAGAGUUUAUGAAAGCAUUGGCCAGUAUGGAGGAGAAACUGUAAAAAUAGUUCGUAUAGAAAAGGCUCGUGAUAUUCCAUUGGGUGCUACAGUUCGUAAUGAAAUGGAUUCUGUCAUCAUUAGCCGAAUAGUAAAAGGAGGUGCUGCAGAGAAAAGUGGUCUGUUACAUGAAGGAGAUGAAGUUCUGGAGAUUAAUGGCAUUGAAAUUCGGGGAAAAGAUGUCAAUGAAGUUUUUGACUUGUUGUCUGAUAUGCAUGGUACUUUGACAUUUGUUCUGAUUCCCAGUCAACACAUCAAGCCUCCUCCUACCAAGGAAACAGUAAUCCACGUAAAAGCUCAUUUUGACUAUGAUCCCUCAGAUGAUCCUUAUGUUCCAUGUCGAGAGUUAGGUCUGUCUUUUCAAAAAGGGGAUAUACUUCAUGUGAUCAGUCAAGAAGAUCCAAACUGGUGGCAGGCCUACAGGGAAGGGGAUGAAGAUAAUCAACCUCUAGCUGGGCUUGUUCCAGGGAAAAGCUUUCAGCAGCAAAGAGAAGCCAUGAAACAAACCAUAGAAGAAGAUAAGGAGCCAGAAAAAUCAGGAAAACUAUGGUGUGCAAAGAAGAAUAAAAAGAAGAGGAAAAAGGUUUUAUAUAAUGCCAAUAAAAAUGAUGAUUAUGACAAUGAGGAAAUCCUAACUUAUGAGGAAAUGUCACUUUAUCAUCAGCCAGCAAAUAGAAAAAGACCUAUCAUCUUGAUUGGUCCACAGAACUGUGGCCAAAAUGAACUGCGUCAGAAGCUCAUGAACAAAGAGAAGGACCGCUUUGCAUCUGCAGUUCCUCAUACAACUCGGAGUAGACGAGACCAUGAAGUAGCCGGUAGAGAUUACUACUUUGUCUCACGGCAGGCAUUCGAAGCAGACAUAGCAGCUGGAAAGUUCAUUGAACAUGGUGAAUUUGAGAAAAAUUUGUAUGGAACCAGCAUAGAUUCCGUACGGCAAGUGAUCAACUCUGGCAAAAUAUGUCUUUUAAGUCUUCGGACACAGUCGUUGAAGACCCUCCGGAAUUCAGAUUUGAAACCAUAUAUUAUCUUCAUCGCACCCCCCUCACAAGAAAGACUUCGGGCAUUAUUAGCCAAAGAGGGCAAGAAUCCAAAGCCUGAAGAGUUGAGAGAAAUCAUUGAGAAGACUAGAGAGAUGGAGCAGAACAAUGGCCACUACUUUGACACGGCAAUCGUGAAUUCAGAUCUUGAUAAAGCCUAUCAGGAAUUGCUUAGGUUAAUUAACAGACUUGAUACUGAACCUCAGUGGGUGCCAUCUACUUGGCUGAGGUGAAGGAAAUACCUGUCCUGUGGUAUGAUGGGACUAGAUCUGGCAAACUGCCAAUAGGAAGAUAGCCCUGAUACUUCAGCAAGAUUGAGGAUAAGGUGGAAGGCAGCAGUUUAAGCUGUAGACCUUUUCUUAGGGCUCUUAAACUAGUGAGAAGAAAUUCCCCAUAGGCAGUUUGUACACAGCAUUCUUUAUUCUCUAAAAAUGGCUUUAGGGGUUCUUGCCUCAUUUUAGGAUUCUAAAUGGAAGCUUUCAACAGAGAAGUUCCAUUUAUCCUAUUAAAACCUUUUGUUUUCACCUAAUUAAAUAUUUCCUUAGGCAUAUUUCCUUGAAAAACUUGUAUCUACACAAUAGUCCAUUUCUCACAGUUAUAAAUAUUAAUGUUAUUUAAUACUUAAAUGACUUCAUGGGAAUAUUUUGGUGGACUGUGCUUGUAUGCACUGGGCAAGACAGUAUUUACUUAGGAGACUGAUUUAGUCAUCAGAAAUAUUUUCCUGAAAAAGAAAAAACAAUGGUGCCACUUUGGUUUGGAGCUACUUUGUUAGGCUUGAAUUCAUUUGUGGUGUCUUUUAAGUCUUAAAAAAAACCCGUUCCAUUAAAAGUACCAGUUUUUUAGCUCAAACUUUGUGGAUCAGACUGCACACUCAGCAGACUCUAAUCUAGUUAAAGGUAAUGAUUUCCUGAAUUUUUUUCUUAAAUUGUUGCAACUGAUUUGAGAACCUAAGCUUCUUUUCUCUGAUCUACAUAGUACAAUAGAAUGUUUAAGUUACAUUUUUAUGAAUGGGAGGUGUUUGUGUAAACUGUGUUAACUGUUAAAAAGUAAGUUUCUUCCUCAUGAUGCAAAUAGUUUUUUAUAUACAUGGGAGGACAUAGCACAUUUGACAGUUUUUGCAUUUUUAUAUAUGAACACAGUGUAAUUCCAUGACUGUGCUAUAUAUAUAGUUAAUAAACUGGAAUUCUGGUAAUGAAUAUAGCUGCUGUACUGUAUACUAAUAUUUUACAGAUUAAGAAAUGGUCAUUGAUAACACUUUGAACACUUCAGCAUUGGAAUAAAAUUAUAUAUAUCCAAUUGACUUUGACAUCAGAAGGAAAGGAAGACCUGAAAGUCAACUGAACAUUUUAGGAAAAGAACAUUACGGGGGGGUGGUUAUUAAGCAUAUAGAAACAGGUUUUUAUCCCAAGAAGAUCUGCCUUGACCAGAAUGCAACAGCUUGCUAAUUCAUAAAAGAAAUGUUUAAGCUAAUGGGAUUUGUGUACUGUCUCUAUAGCUGUAGCUUUAAAAUUCAGUGUCUAAAAUUGCAGUAGAAGUUAAUUUGUAGUUUUUUCAAGCCUUUAAGGAUAGUGUGACAAACAACCGAAAAUGUGAAUGCCUUGAUUUUAUGAUGACUUUAGCUACAGCAUUUCCUGUUCCCAAAACUAAACACUGGAAUAAUACUGACUUGUCACUUAAUUUAACAUAAGCAGUUGUUUUUAAUGAGUAGUUUGUCUCAGUGUCAUGUAUAUAUUUGAUUUUUUUUUCUCUUCGUAAUUUUAUUUGAACAAAUGUAGACAAUUUAUAUGUUGCCUUUUUCUGUUCAUAUUUGCAUGGCCUCUUAAGUUGGCUGGGGAGUGUGUCUUAUGUGGAAAUAUUUUCAAGAUAAUGUUCCUUAGGAAGAAAGUAACAUACCUGGGUUGAGUGUAUAUGAAUAACAUAUACACUAUCUAUUCAGGUCUGAAACACUCUACCUUUUAGCAGGAAAAUGCAAAGUUCACACCGAUUUUCAGCAUUGAAAACCAAGAACGUACUUAGUGCUUUUCAGUUUUUCAGUUUACUUUCUCCUUAGGAAUGAAAGGUAGUCUGUGGUUGACAAUAGAAUCUUGCAAUCUGCUUAUUGCAACUAUCAACUACAGAUGCCCCUUGACUUACAGUGGGGUUACAUCCCAGUAAACCCCAAGAUGGAAGUAUCGUAAGUCAAAACUACAUUUAAUACAUCUAACCUACUGAACAUCAUAGUUUAACCUAGCCUACCUUACAUUUCUACUGAAUUCAUAUUGCUUUUGCACCAUCAUAGUCGAAAAGUCAUAAGUUAAACCACCGUAAGACAGUCCCCGACUAUAUUUUCAACCCUAAGAUCUAAAAUAUUGACAGUUCAUGUUAAGUUUCUAUGAGGUUUUAGAUAAUGUCAGUGAGUGGCUAUUGUGCUACUGCAGAGAGUAGGGUUGCAAUAGGGCAGUGUGCUAGCAAAAUUCAGACACAUGGCUUUAACAAGCAGACCCUGUACCAAGGCACGUGCCAUGCCAUAUAUUGUUAGGAAAUCUAAGGUGAUAGGUAUUUGCUUGGUCAGUGAAGUCCUGUAGUUCUCUCCUUCCUCAUCAGCAAUGGUAGAGAGAUAGAAUGUAUAUGUCUCAAACUUUUAUAAAUCCUAGUGAUAUGGAUGUGCUGAUAUUCAAUACAGUCCCUAAACAAAGUGAAAACUGAGUUGCUCCUGACUUCGUCAAAAGACUAUGGAAAAAAGCCUUGCUAUACACCUAGUUGUACAGCCACUCUGGCCAGUUCUAUUUCCUGUCCCUUUGUGGUUCUGAUUGGAGACCCUGGUGUAGGGGAGGUCUUAGCCACUUAUUAUAGAAAUGAUACCUAUAGCUAAUAAAAUGUACUUGGAAAAUCCAAGUAAGGAAAUACAGUUAGAUCUCCAUAUCCAUAGGUUCCACAUCUGCAAAUUCAACCAACCAUGGAUCAAAAAUAUUCGGGGGGAAAAAAGUAAAAAUACAAUAAAAAAAUACAAAUUUAAAAGUGUAGUAUAACAACUAUUUACAUAGCAUUUGCAUUAUAUUAGGUAUUGUAAGCAAUCUAGAGAUGAUUUAAAGUAUGUGGGAGGAUGUGUGUAUUACACCAUUUUACAUAAGGGACUUGAGCAUCCCUGGAUUUUGGUAUUGGGGGCGGGUCCUGGAACCAGUCACCUGCUGACGCUGAGGGACGACUGUAUCUUCAUUUCCUAAAUUUUCAUAAGAACAGAUAGAAGGAGAAUAGUAUUUAGACUAAUCCAGAUUUGCUUUCUGUGAAAAUUUGUCUGGAUGUUUUUUUUCCUUUUUGCAUAGCCCAAGGAAUAAGUAUUGAUAAGAAAUAAUUUGAAUGUAAUUUUGUGAAUGUGUGUAGAAAAUACUUGUAUAAACCAGGGAUUUAGUCUUAAUAAAGGUAACCUUUCUGACAUCUUGUUAAUUCCCCUUUGUAUCUCUGAUCCUGUAUCUGCACUCUGUUAUUUUGAGAUGUCAUACUGCACACUGUAUUGUAAAA